AUGUUACAUAAUGCCCCCGUAUUUUAAAACUAGUUAAAAUAUUAAUUAAUAUGAAGAUAGAAAAAAUAAUAGUUCUGCCAUAGUUUUUUCGUGAAUAGAUAAAAACAAGAUGCUUCUUUGGACAGACAAGGUAUAAACAACUUAUACAUAUCAUAUUCCGAUAUUGCCAUGCACGGACCGAUCGGCUCCAAAGAAUUGUUUUUAUGACCAUGAUCUAUUACGACAGGACACGAGGAACGACCUCAGUUCCGUGACCAAUCAGACAUUAUUGUUUUUUGCACAACACGGUCUGGCUGUAAACACCAUUACAACAUUUGACCACUGUACUGUCCAGUUGUGGACUGUCAGCAGAGCAACUAUAAACACGUUCUGUCAACCAGGAUAGAUUGACCAGCGGACAACAUUACCAUAUUACCUACUGUCCACUGCAGGUCCAAUACGAAAUAACUCGAACGAACGUUUAAUGUGCGCUGUUUUCUCACACGGGCUAUUUGGAGUAUCAAAGAGAUGAACGGAUAUUUCUAGAGGAACAGUCCAGGUGUCUGCAACAUGGCUCUAGCGGUUUUAAGGCAGAAACAAUCACCGAAACGCUCCACCAAGACAAACAAGGCGGUUGCUCUUGCUAAUGCUGCCAAUAUCACGACAAAUGAACUUAAUAUGAGAGAUGCCAAUGGUAGGACAGUUCUGUUUUAUGCCGCGCGCUACGGGAAAAUACAGGCCGUCAAAAAUCUACUCAACGCUGGAAGUAAUCCAAACAUUGCAGAUGUGGACGGUAGCACCUCGCUGCACGAAGCUACCGAGAGGUGCCACUAUGACGUCAUGAAACUACUGAUAAGUAAUGGAGAAACACAACUCAAUGCCAAGAACCGUCACGGACAAACUGCGGUUAUGAAGGCUGUUCUUUAUGACGACCUGGAGGCCCUUAAACUCCUUCACAAAGCAGGAGCUGCUUUGGAUGAACAAGAUUCCACGGGGAAAACAGCCCUACUGAUCUCAUUUGGAGAGGGUCGUGAACGUACCACGGAAUACCUGAUUAAAAACGGAUGUGACGUUAACAAAAGGGACAAGCUUGGUCAAUCAGCGCUUUAUUUAGGAAUAGUCUCCUCAAGUGUAACAUCAUCUGAAAAUAUACGAAAACUUCUUAGAGCUGGCUAUUCAUUGGAGAAAGAUCGCCACUGGUUGGAUAAAGCUGGUGUUGACGUAGAGUCAUUACGUCAUCGUAACUUUUUUCAAAGAAUAAUUUCCCGCAUCAAAAUCGGGGGCACCGGAUCUGGGAGGCGCCAUAGUGAGGGGUUCGCGGGUCUUGGAGGUGUACAGGAUGCCGUCAUAGAACCACACCCAAGAUUCGAAGUUAGGAGCAAUUCGUGUAACCUGUGAAUUUCAUUGAGGAGUUUUGAUAUACAUUGACCAGUGCAUGGGAAGAUAAACUCAAUCAACAUCUGGGAAUGUCCUCACGUGUACACUGCGGUGUAACGAUCCGAUACCGGUCAUUUCAUGUCUACGAAUCGAGUCCACCACAUGCACUUUUCAUCUACAUCUAUUUUAUAUUGAAAUCUAUAUAAAAUAGAUAUAUGCGACAAAUCCCCAUGCCUCCACUAAGAAUCUUCAUCAGGCCACCAUCUAGUGUAUCAUCGAACUUAAUUCGACAAAAUAUUAGUCAUUCACGAAGAGUAGAAAUAUGAAAGUAAGACUAAUGGUGUACUUGUAUCAAUGUGAACGUUGACACAUAUCGACCUUUACAAUGUGUCGGUGUCUCCAUGUAUGACGUGUCAAACGUUGCAUUUUUUUUUUUUUUUUUAUCUUUUCCAUUUGUAUUGUAUAAUUUUUCAUUUCGUAUAAAAGUUCAUUUGUGUGGGAUAUUUUCUACUUGUAUUGUAAAAAAUUUCAUUUGUAUACAUAAUGUUUCAUAUUGUAUAUCUUCAUUUGUAUUUUGUGUUCAUUUAUAUCAUUUUUCAUUUGAAUUGUUUAUUUUCCAUUUGUAUUGUAUAAUUUUUAAUUUGUAUUGUGAAAUAUUUCACUUGUAUUGUAUAAUUUUCAUUUGUAUUGAAUGAUAUUUCAUUUGUAUUGUAAACGAAGGAUUGUUUAUUUUGAUUUGUUACAAAGGAUUUCAUGGUUUAGAUAAUUGUUCGAUCAACGAUGAGCAGCAAUUGUUUACCAACAUGUAGAGUGCAUACAAGACUGCCGUUCUUCGUACGAGUACAAAUUCCUGCCGAUCGCGAACGCUGAGUACGUAUCACGGGAACGUGUUCGGGUUGCAAAAACUCACAUCACCUGUGUAGGAAGAGGAACACAAUCGUGCGCACACGAUCUCGUCAUUUGCGAGAACGGAGGUCUCGAACACUCUUGUAGCCUACACGAAAAUAGGAACCAGUUUAUGUUGCGAUUGAGCAUCCGGAAUAUCUCUCGUUCGUUUUCAACACAAUACAGACAAAAUCUUGACCAAUGAAAUUCUUCAUAACAAAUCAAAAUAAAACGAGAUGUGUUUGUGAAACACAAAUGC